CUCGCGCAGCGAGCAGUGCGGACCGAACCUGCCUCCUGCCCGCUGGCCGUGAGCUGGCUCUGCUAUUUAGCGCAGCCCAGCCCGGAGGCCCGUGUGGAGGGAGCCUCCUGGCCCCUCGGUUGUGCUCUCUGGGAGAGGAGGGGUGCCUGGGACAGGAUUAGAAAACUCCGCCCUCCACUUGUUAUUUUGCUUAUUUUUCUUUGUGCGCGCCAGUUAGUUUGUUAAACCAGAUCUAGUCCCAGAAUCUUUCUCCUCACUUCCCCUCCCCCCUCCUCCCCACUCCAGCUCUUUCUACUACUUCCCUUCCUCCUAUCCUUCUGCAGGAGACUCGCAGCGACGGAAAGUUGCAGCCCCUGGUACUGCCUUGGGGGUCUCCCGGCUGUGUCCAACUGCCGCCACCCCUCUCCGACUACAGCACUUCGGAGAUCUCCUUUGCCCGCACCGUCGCUCAUUGCAGCCGGAUCGCCAGUGCCCAGAACGCCCCCCACCCAUGACGAUGCUCCUGGACGGAGGCCCACAGUUCCCCGGGCUGGGAGUGGGCAGCUUCGGCGCGCCGCGCCACCACGAGAUCCAGAGUUCUGCAUUCAUGCCACAGGGUUCGGGUUACGCCAACGCCCUGGGCCAUCACCACCACCACCACCACCACCACCAUCACCACACCAGCCAGGUGCCCAGCUAUGGCGGUGCCGCCUCCGCCGCCUUCAAUUCCACGCGUGACUUUCUGUUCCGCCAGCGCAGCUCCGGGCUCUGUGAGGCUGCCUCGGGUGGCGGGCAGCACGCGCUCUUCGCUGGUUCCGCGAGCGGUCUGCACGCUCCAGCUGGCAUUCCCGAACCAUCAAGUUACCUGCUCUUCCCUGGGCUGCAUGAGCAGACCACCGGGCACCCGUCGCCUACCGGGCACAUGGACAACAAUCAGGUCCACCUAGGGCUGCGAGGGGAGCUGUUUGGCCGUGCGGACCCGUACCGCACGGUAGCCAGCCCGCGCACGGACCCCUACACGGCCGGCGCGCAGUUCCCUAACUACAGCCCCAUGAACAUGAACAUGGGCGUGAACGUGGCGGCCCACCACGGGCCUGGCGCCUUCUUCCGUUAUAUGCGGCAGCCCAUCAAGCAGGAGCUGUCGUGCAAGUGGGUCGACGAAGCUCAGCUAAACCGGCCCAAGAAGAGCUGCGACCGGACCUUCAGCACCAUGCACGAGCUGGUGACACAUGUCACCAUGGAGCAUGUGGGGGGCCCGGAGCAGAACAACCACGUCUGCUACUGGGAGGAGUGUCCCCGCGAGGGCAAGUCCUUCAAGGCGAAGUACAAACUGGUCAACCACAUUCGAGUGCACACGGGCGAGAAGCCCUUCCCAUGCCCCUUCCCAGGCUGCGGAAAAAUCUUUGCCCGCUCCGAGAACCUCAAGAUCCACAAGAGGACCCAUACAGGUGAGAAACCUUUCAAAUGUGAAUUUGAAGGAUGUGACAGGCGCUUUGCCAACAGCAGCGACCGCAAGAAGCACAUGCACGUGCACACCUCGGACAAGCCCUAUAUCUGCAAAGUGUGCGACAAGUCCUACACGCACCCUAGCUCCCUGCGAAAGCACAUGAAGGUUCAUGAAUCUCAAGGGUCAGAUUCCUCCCCUGCUGCCAGUUCAGGCUAUGAAUCUUCCACUCCACCCGCUAUAGCUUCUGCAAACAGUAAAGAUACCACUAAACCCCCUUCUGCAGUUCAAACUAGCACCAGCCACAACCCUGGACUUCCUCCCAAUUUUAACGAAUGGUACGUCUGAGGACAAACACAAACCCUGUUAACCAUAAAAUGGACCAAAUGCAUUUUAAAAAGAAAACUGAGGCCAAUCAAAUGGAAAUGGAGUUUUAAGGCAAGAGGCCAUAUAUAGGGCUACAUCUUGUUCAUUGUAAUUGUCUAGGAAGGUUUCUGGGUAAGAUCCAAAAGUAGGCAUGCCCUUUCUCAGGAUUAGGAAACAUGUUUUGGCAUUUGAAAGAUGAAAAAAAAUAUUUUCACUGCUUUUUCUCCCCUUUCUCAUGCUGUCUGCAUACCCCAUCCCUAAACUCCUUCAGUUCAUUUUAACACUUGUCUUGUUUUUUGAGAGGAAGUUAUAGAAGGCUUGGUGGUGGUGAUGUUAAGCCGAUUCUUCGCCUUAGUGGUGAUUGUUUAAACUCUCACAGUCUUAAACCGUGCCAAAGUCCUGUUAUGUCUUGAACUUUUUCUCAAAGCAUUACUCUUGUGAAUGUAUUUUUGUCUAAUGGGGUCAAAACUGUUGGUCAGUGUUUUUUCAGGAUGAGGAUGUGAUGUUACUCUACACAGAUUGUGACAUUUAGUAUACAGUUGCCUUUUGUAAUAACUUUUUUUUUUGUAAAUACAUACCCAUUGAUGCCAUAUUUAUCGUUGUAAUUUAAUUAUUGCUACAAGUGCCGGGAACUGAACAAUAUUUAUGGAUAAGUGUUUUCUAACAAAUUCUGUACAGCUUUUGAUUAUAACUGCUUUAGCAUUAAAUUUUAUUGUUUUGAAAGAACAAAAUUUACAAUUUUUGAACCACUGACUCCUUUCUCUUGUUUUGUAACAGCCUCCUAAAAAGAGGAGAUGCGAGCAAAUGAAUCUUGUCUGUUGGUAUUUAUAACUCAGAUCCCUUUUUUAAUUGUUAUAUUAUUUUUCUACUGUGGUAUGGAUUAUUUACAGUGUCAUUUUCCAUCUGGUAAGAUCCUCCUUUCUUUAUCUCUAGCUCAGAUGGUUCUUUAACUGCGAGUUUAAAUGUGCUUGUCCCCAAUUUUUGGCAUGCAAAUCAAAUAUUACUGAUCAAUUCAGUUAGUGGCCAUGACAUCUCAAUCUUAUACUUCAAAGACUGAGAAGCUGGAUUUAAUCAUCCCUGCCCUACAUAUAUAAACAUGAGGUAACCUAAUGAGUUUUAUGUCCCUUACUUUUUUAUUACCUUACAUAAAAAUGAACAUCUCAGCAGGAUGCAUGUCCUUCUAUUCUAUUGCGAGAUUACCCAUAUACCUAUAUAUGUUUGUAUCUAUGACUUACCUAAUCUGCCUAUCACAUCUACCGAGGUAUCUAUAUAUUUUCAAAAGUAAGCAUGUCUGAAACAGUGGUGAUGAGUAAGGCCAGUUGAGCCUGCUUACUUAUGGUUAAAGUGCUUCUUAAAAAAUAAACCAUAGUCCAUUUAAAAUUUGGGAAGGCAAAGUCUGAUUUGUUUUGCUGUAUAUAGUUCAAUUCAUAAUUUUCACAAUUAUUCAUAACCUUUUUAUAGUGGUAUAAUAACUGCAGCAGUUCUGAAAUUAUAUUAUGGAAAGAAAAUUCAUUUGCAAAAUGUGUAUUUUUAAAGUUCAUGGUUUGUAGGCAAAGAUGUUAAGAGCAUUGUUUCCAUUAAAAUCAAUAACAAUGAAAAAUGGUUGUUUGCUUUGUAAUAAAAUAUUAACAAUCCAUUCAAUCUUUAGUGAAGCAACUCAUUUGGAAAAACAGUUUUUACAGUUAUAUGAAAAACAAACUGCUUACUAUUUGGGGGGGUUGGAGUGGGUAAAGAAUUAAGACUUCUUUUACUAACUUAGGGGGCUGUUUAAUAUUGAGAGCCCAAUCUCUGCAUGAAUAACCAGCUUGCAAAUCAGUAAAUAGAAUGGUGGAGAUAAGGAAUUGUAAAGAAUUUAGAAAUGUAAUGAAUACCCUCCUUCUCUUGAAGGGGCAAUGAUCUAGGUUUUUUGGUGGCAGUCAAUUUGGUAUUAUACAUAAUCAUUUUGAAUUCUAGAAUUUUGUUUAUUGUUAUUUUUAAAGAAAUAAAGUCUUGGCACAUCUUAUUUAUGUUAUAACAUUUUUGUAUUUAGUGCCUGAAUUUUUAAAUGUUUAAAUAAAUUAACCUUAAAUUGAAAUGCUCAGAACUGAUGAUUAAAAGAAAUUUUGAUUCCCUGGA